GUGGCGGCCUCCAUGACGCAAAACAUGCAUUUUCUAUGAAAUAAUUUUGCACCAGCAGAUGAGAGCCUUUGUCAAGGCAAAAUAACUGUUUGGAUUGUAUUGUAAAUAGGAAAAAUUGGUAUCUAAAGAUGAGAAAUCUCGAGCUGUUGAACCUGAUUGAGUUAACUCCUUUGAGUGAAUUAUGUGGAACACAGUGCACAAGUAUAGACUGUGACACUGGGAUUGUUUACUCUGCUACAUCCACACAUUUGGUUGGACUUGACCCUAACAGUGGAGAGUUGACAGGAAUAGUCUCCCUUGUUGAGGAAGCAUUUGUACCAGCAGAUGGCACUGGUUGUGUUGUGGGUAUACAGUACCUGGCUGACCAGCAGGCUGUGUGUGCUGCAACCAGUAGUGGCAACCUGGUGUUGUGGCAUGUCACCAUGGGACAGCUGGAAUGUGUUGGAUCGGUAGAUAGUGGUUUGACCUCCAUGACCUGGAGCCCUGACCUUGAACUUCUCAUACUCACAACAGGACAAAAUACUUUCAUUAUGAUGACCAGAGAGUUUGAUCCUAUCACAGAGAGCUCUCUCCACCCAGAGAAUUUUGGAGAAGCCCAGUUUGUCACAGUGGGAUGGGGUAAGAAGGAAACACAGUUCCAUGGUUCAGCAGGCAAAGAGGCAGCCAAACAAAAACUAGAGGAUGUGAAACCUGCAUUGCCAUGGGAUGACCGAUUACCUAGGGUCAGUUGGCGAGGGGAUGGUCAGCUUUUUGUGGUCAGCACCAUUAGCCCAGACACAGGAGCUCGCAAACUACGAGUUUGGAAUAGAGAAUGUGAGCACCAGUCCACCAGUGAAAAUGUUGAUGGAGUGGAACAAGCGUUGGCAUGGAGGCCAUCAGGUAAUCUGAUAGCCAGCACAAUGAGAAGACCAAACAAACACGAAGUGAUCUUUUUUGAGAAGAAUGGACUGAGACAUGGAGAGUUUACACUUCCUUUUGGUGUCAAUGACGUACAGGUGACGGAGUUAUGCUGGAAUCUGGACUCGUCUGUACUGAUGGUGAGACUGAAGGAUCUAGUGAAGGACACAGGUGGUCAGACUAUACCUCGAACAUAUGUUCAGCUUUGGACUAUGAAUAACUAUCACUGGUACUUGAAACAAAGUCUGCACUUUGAUGGCACAGCAGAGGAUAAAAUAGUGUCAGUUGUUUGGGACCCUGAACAUGCAUAUCGCCUCCACAUAAUGUGUUCUGGAGGGAAAUAUCUACAAUAUACAUGGUCCUGGGCCACCAACUACAGUUCAGGGAUAUCCAAUGACAACCAAGCAUUAGUUGCUGUAAUUGAUGGAGACCGAGUGUUGCUGACCCCUAUGAGAGAUAUGGUGACUCCCCCUCCAAUGUCUGCCUACUACCUACAACUCCCGUGUCCUGUCAACCAUGUGGCCUUUUGUCUCCAGGGCAACCCAAAUGACAUGGCAUUGGUUUUGGUGGACGGCAGAGUGGCUGUCUACACAUUUGCUCGAGAACCUGUUGAUAAGGACUUACAAAGGGACAGUACAAUCAAGUUUGAUGUCACAUUAGGCGAGGGAUUCACGUUGUGCUGUCAAACUCCACGUUUACAGGGAAUCUACAGGAUUGAAGGCCUGCCAUUGGACACACAGAAAGUACCAAUAGCCAUGCAGCACUUCGUUUGGUUGAACUCUGAACUUUUGAUGUUCUGUACCCAGGAUCUGAGUCAUGGCCAGAACUCUGUGCUUCAUUGUGCUGAUCUAAAACUCGACAAAGAUAAACCCCACCUCACUGUCAAGACCAGUAUUGACAUUGAGAGUUUUGUAUACAAGAUGGCCGUCAAUUCUGAAACUGGGUCCGUAGCCAUACAACUGUGCAAUGGUUGCAUGCUCAAGUUUGAUUCAGGUUGUGACAUUGUGUUGCCGUGGGAGAUGAGGUCAGGGUCAGAGUUGACCUUUCCUGUGCCCUGUCCUUACAUGUGUAUCUGUGAUAUUGGAGGGGAGGAGGUGGUUAUAGGGCUGACAGACAGGUACAGACUGUAUGUUAAUGAUACAGAGGUUGCAUCUAACUGUACGUCACUGGCUGUACACAGUGAAUACCUCCUUCUGACAACCCUGACUCACACCUGUCGCUGUAUCAGUAGGCACACAAAGGUUCAAGUUCUGCCUACGCUGUCGGACGGAAAGGCUCACCCGUUUGAUGAGAGUGUACGCCGGGUGGAGAGAGGGUCUAGAAUCGUUUGUGUAGUUCAGAAUGAAACCAAGCUAGUCUUACAGAUGCCUCGUGGUAACCUAGAGACAAUCCACCCCCGGGCACUUGUGUUGUCCGCAGUCAGGAAAUACCUGGACAGUCUGGAGUUUGGUAAAGCUUUCGUGUGUAUGAGGAAGCAUCGACUCAACCUGAACCUUAUAUAUGAUCACUGUCCUCAAAGUUUCCUUGACAAUGUUCAAAAGUUUGUCCAGCAAGUCGCACUUGUCGAUCACAUCAACCUCUUCCUCACAGAUCUCAGGGAGGAAGAUUGUACGGUGACUAUGUAUACUGCGGCCUACAACCGGUCAGCUUCUGUCGGAGACGAGGGCACUGACCAACCCAGUAAAGUGGACAAAGUUUGUGAUGUAGUCCGAGAAGCACUUAUCAGUUUGGACGAAAAGAAGUACUUACUUUCCAUACUGACAUCUUAUGUACGGAAGAGUACACCAGAGCUAGAGGCUGCCCUGUUAAUGGUGAAGACACUCCGAGCCAAGCCAAGUGACCAGCAGACCAUGUCAGCAGAGGAAGUAUUAAAAUACCUGGUCUUCCUCGUGGACGUCAAUGAGAUGUUUGAUGUUGCCUUGGGAACAUACGACUUUGACCUGGUUCUGAUGGUUGCUGAGAAGUCACAGAAGGAUCCAAAGGAAUAUAUUCCCUUCCUGAACCAGCUUCGUAAGCUUAGCGGUCACUUCCAACUCUACACGAUAGACGAACACCUGAAGCGGUACAGCAAGGCCUUGGUACACAUCAGUAAAUGUGGACCGGAGCACUUUGAGACUUGUAAGACAUCGAUACAGAAACACAAGCUUUAUACUGAGGCCCUACAACUGUUCCCAGUGUCUUCUGAUGAACACAAGAGUAUUGCGAAAAUAUAUGGCGACUAUUUAUCUGACAAACGUCGCCAUCUAGAUGCAGGAAUAAUGUAUAUUAAGGCGGAAGAAUGGGAGAUGGCCCUCCAGGACUUUCGGACGUGUCUACAGUGGCGUCAAGUCUUUUGUAUGACCGCUAGACUCAAGUACAGUUCAGAUACAGAGGCUGACAUUGCUCGCAAACUUGCAGAACAAUUGAAGAUGAAGAAACUGCAUCUGGAUGCCGCCCAUGUCUUAGAACAAUACGCAAAGGAUACAGAGGAGGCCAUUGUCUGCCUUAUAGAUGGCUGUCUGUGGGAGGAAGCUCUUAGGCUGAUGUACAAAUACAGUCGUACAGACUUCAUCGAGACAAACCUGAUGGGGGCCCUUACAGAAAACUACAGUCAACAGAUGGAGUUGCUGGAUACUUCCAAGUUAGAAUUUGAAAAAUACAAAAAACGUCUAGCCGUAGUCAGAGAGGAGAAGGAAAAAGCUCGUCUAGAAUUCCUUGAAAGUGGAGGGACUGGAAACAUGGCGGAUGCCGAUUUGUUUUCUGACACAAGUAGUGCUACAGGGGAGAGCAUCCAAUCAUCCCGAUAUUCCUCAGAGUCCGGACGCUCUGGACGGUCUUCUCUUUACAGUAGAUCAUCAGGAUCAUCUGCCAAAAACCGGCGGAAGGCAGAACAUAAAAAAUGGAAGCUCAAGGAGGGUAGCCAGUAUGAAGAUUUUGCUCUCAUUGCUGCACUUGCAAAACUCAUCAAAAUGGUUGACGAUUUGAGAGAGGAGACGAAUGGUCUACUACGUGCCCUACUACAGUUCCACCAUGACAAGCAGGCAACUGACCUACAGCGGGCUUAUGACCGUCUCCUUACCCAGAUGGAGAGAGGAAUCCCAGAAAUCUGGCAGGAUGGUGACGAUGAGCGGGAGUCUCAGCCAAUGCUUGGUCCGUUGACGACAGCCAAUAGUAUAGCACAGGCAGUACAGCGUGGUCAGUCUUUGACGCAUUCCCAGGAAAAACUUGAUCCAGUUAUCCGGAUACCUCCAAAUCUACGUAAAGAGAUCAGUUGGAAACUCCAUGUGUUGGACUCAGGUUCAGCCAAAACGUGACCCAUUGUAUGUUAUUUCUAUGGGACCCCAAUUCAGAGAGUGCAAUAUGUAUCUAUAUAUUAUAUAUGUCUCUAAUAAAAAAAAUGGACGACCUGACACUGGUGGGACUGAGGGAUAAAGGUGUUCUGAUGUAGAUUUGUGACUGAUGGAAAAAUUGACAGAUCUGUGAUUGAUAGAAAUAUUAACAGAUCUGUAAUUGGUGGAAAAAUUAACAGAUCUGUGAUUGGUGGAAAAAUUAACAGAUCUGUAAUUG